GCCUGCACAGAGCGCCAGAAUACCGGAAAGAACGGGUUACCGACCCAAGGGGAAAUCUCGCGAGAUGUCAGCCGUGCGUGCUCACGAGGUUGACCGUUAUUGACGGUUAUUUAGCCGUUAAACCGCCGCCUGGCUUCGUCACAUCACUCCGUCCUGCAGUCCGAACAGGUGGAGCGGUGUCCCCGCCUUUUCUGAAGUUCGGAGGCCGAUGUUCUGGUCGUCCCGACGACCACGCGAGAGAAGAUGGAGAAACAGAAGCCGUUUACCCUGUUCGUGCCGCCGAGGGUGAGCAGCAGCCAGGUGUCCGCAGUGAAGCCGCAGACCCUGGGAGGAGAGUCCAAUUUCUUAAAGAGUUUCAACAAAGUUAUUGAAGAUGACAUUUGUUUUCCAUUUGCAAUGACUAAUCUCUCCAAACAUGGGAAGAACAUUGAUUCAGGUGCUACUUUACAGAAAGUUAACUUUUUGCCCAUGCUUGAACAGGUUGAUAAUUCUGACAGUUGUCAUUACCAGGAAGGAUUAAAGGACUCUGAUUUUGAGAAUUCAGAGCCAAUGAGCAGACUAUAUUCAAAAUUGUAUAAAGAGACUGAAAGGAUUAAGAAGUGGAAAGUGAAUAUAGAAUCUGAACUGAAGCAGAAAGAAAAUAAGUUGCAAGAAAAUAGAAAGAUAAUUGAAGCACAGCGGAAAGCCAUUCAAGAACUACAGUUUGAAAAUGAAAAAGUAAGUUUGAAAUUAGAAGAAGGAAUUCAAGAAAAUAAAGAUUUAAUAAAAGAGAAUAAUGCUACAAGGCAUUUAUGCAAUUUACUGAAAGAAACCUGUACCAGAUCUGCAGAAAAGACAAAAAAAUAUGAAUAUGAACGGGAAGAAACUAGGCAAGUUUAUGUGGACCUAAAUAAUAACACUGAGAAAAUGAUAAUAGCUUUUGAGGAACUUCGUGUGCAAGCUGAGAAUUCCAAACUAGAAAUGCGUUUUAAAUUAAAGGAAGAUUAUGAAAAAAUCCAACACCUUGAAGAAGAAUACAAGAAGGAAGUAAAUGACAAGGAAAAGCAGGUGUCACUCCUAUUGAUCCAAAACAAUGAGAAAGAAAAUAAAAUAAAAGAGUUAACAUUGCUGCUAGAGGAAUCCAGAGAUAGAGUGAAUCAAUUAGAAGAAAAAAUAAAAUUACAGGAUGAAAACUUAAAAGAAUCAAAUGAGAAGCACGAUCAUUUAACAUCAGAACUAGAAGAUUGUAAAAUGUCUUUGCAAAGAAGUGUGAGUACUCAAAAGGCUUUAGAGGAAGAUUUACAAAUAGCAACAAAAAAAAUACAUCAGCUCACUGAAGCAAAAGAAACUCAAAUGGAAGAAUUUAAUAAAGCUAAAGCUGCUAAUUCACUUGUGGUUACUGAACUUAAAACUACCAUCUGCAACUUGAAAGAGUUAAUGACAACAGAACAUCAGAGAUUGGAAAAAAAUGAAGACCAAUUGAAAAUACUUACCAUGGAGCUUCAGAAGAAAUCAAGUGAACUGGAAGAGAUGACUAAGCUUAACAAUAACAAAGAAGUAGAACUUGAAGAAUUGAAAAAAGUCUUGGCAGAAAACCAAAAGCUUUUAGAUGAAAAGAAACAGUUUGAGAAGAUUGUUGAAGAAUUAAAAGGAAUAGAACAAGAACUAACCGGUCUUCUUCAAACCAGAGAGAAAAAAGUACAUGAUUUGGAAAUUCAAUUGACUACGAUUGCUGCAAGUGAACAACAGUAUUCAGAACAGGUUAAAGAACUGAAAACUGAGCUUGAAAAUGAGAAGCUUAAGAAUACUGAACUAACUGCAAGCUGCAACAAGCUUUCAUUGGAGAACAAAGAACUAGCACAAGAAACAAGUAAAAUGGCCUUAGAACUUAAUAAACAGCAAGAAGAUAAUAAUAAUAUCAAAAAGCAAGAAGAAAGAACAUUGAAACAAAUAGAAAAUCUGAAAGAAACAGAAACACAAUUAAGGAAUGAACUGGAAUCUGUGAGAGAAGAACUAAAGCAGAAAGGAGAUGAAGUUAAAUGUAAAUUGGACAAGAGUGAGGAAAAUGUUCGAAGCCUUGAAUGCGAAGUUUUAAAAAAAGAUAAACAAAUGAAGAUAUUAGAAAACAAGUGUAACAAUUUAAGGAAACAAGUUGAAAUUAAAAGCAAGAAUAUUGAAGAAUUCCAACAGGAGAAUAAGGCCUUAAAAAAAAGGGGUACAGCAGAGACGAAGCAACUGAAUGUUUAUGAGAUAAAGGUCAAGAAAUUAGAGUUAGAACUAGAAGGUGCCAAACAAAAAUUUAAAGAAAUGUCUGACAGCUAUAAAAAAGAAAUUGAGGACAAAAAGAUAUCAGAAGAAAAUCUUUUGGGAGAGGCUGAGAAAGCCAAAGUAACAGCUGAUGAAGCAGUACGAUUACAAAAAGAAAUUGAUAUACGAUGUCAACAUAAAAUAGCUGAAAUGGUUGCGCUUAUGGAAAAACAUAAGCACCAAUAUGAUAAAAUUGUUGAAGAAAGAGACUCAGAAUUAGGACUUUAUAAGAGCAGAGAACAAGAACAAUCAUCAGUGAAAGCAUCUUUGGAGGUUGAACUGUCCAAUCUCAAAAAUGAACUUUCGUCUAUUAAGAAACAACUUGAAAUAGAAAGAGAAGAAAAAGAAAAACUCAAAAGACAGGCAAAAGAAAACACAGUUACUCUCAAAGAAAAAACUGACAAGAAAAUACAGACAUCUUUAUCGGAAACACUUACAACCAGUUAUCGGAAAUUUGAUCCUAAAGUAGCUCCUUCACAAAAUGUAUCUCGAAACUUCACAUCAGCUGAUUAUGGCAAACUCAAAGAAAAAAAAGACAAUCUGAGGAUACCUGCCAAAAGUAUUUUAUCUGAACCAUUACCAAAGGCAUAUACUGUGAAGACACCAACGAAACUAAAAAUUCAGCCAAGAGAAAACAAGAAUGCACCCACUGAAGAAGAUACUAAAAAGAGAAAAAUGGUCUUUGAGUUUGAUGUUAACUCAGAUAGUUCAGAAUCUGCUGAUCUUCUGACCAUGGUUUCAGAGGAAGAGACAUUGAAAAAGCUAUGCAAGAAUAAUUAUUCAACAACUUCUCAUUUUUGUGUCAGAACACCAAAAAAGACCCCUUCAUCUCUAACAGCCCUUGGAUCUGCGCCGAAGUUUGGAGCUUUGAGGAAAAUGCGGGAGGACCGUUGGGCUGUGGUUGCUAACGCGGAUAGGAGAAAAAAACUAAAGGAAGCAGAAAGGCUCUUUGUUUAAUUUCAGAAAAUCAGUGUGAUUAAGGAGGCUAAUAACAAAAUUCAUAGUUAACUUUUUUCACUUUAUAAAGAGCCAAUUUUUUUCUGUAAUUGAGGCUUUUUAAUGUUUGCAUACAUUAUUUGUUUAUAUUUUAGUGUAAAUGUGAAAUAACUACAUGUUAUUUGAAAAAUUGUCAUUGUAUUCAGGUAAUUAGAUGAUUAUAUUUUGUUUUUACCUUUUUUUGGUAGUCAUGAAAACUGUUUUGGCUAAGUUUUCAAAUUAUAAAGUUAGCCAUUGAAUGCUAGGAAUAGACUAUUGAGAUUUUUAAUUUUUUACUGUUAAAAUAUUUUGAAUGCAAAUAAAUGCUUCUUGAUU